GCGGAAACGGUUGCAGAACGGGCAGUUCGGGAUGCAAGAGCCGCCAAAGGAGGACGCGUCGGCGGCGACCGAGCCCGUGGGCCCAGGCCCGCCGCCCGGCGAUGAUGACGGAGACAACAACAAGGACGACGAGGACGAAUCCUACGACUCGUAUGACUCGCACGACGAGCUGUCCGAUAGAGGAAGCCACAAGCCCCCCAGCGGCGUCGACAAGAUUGCGCGAGGGCUCAUGCUAAGCGACGAUGACGACGACGAUGGGCAGCACGUUUCCGCGUACAUGAGUCGCCAAGCCGAGCGCGCUGAGGUCACGGGGCUCUCGCCUAUGGAAGAGAUCAAGCUGGCGCAAGGCGAGCUUGCGGCCAAAGCUGCGCAGUCCGAGACGCACGACGACCACCCCCACGCGCUCCCGCACAAGCGACAGCUCUGGCGUGUCGUCAAGACGUCCGUGCUUCUCAGCUCAACGCAAACGCAAAAUCACAUCUUGCCGGCAGCCGUCACCGUCGACCAAGAAGUCAAGCGCAUCGCAAAAGACUUGGAACACGACGUGGACAAGAUGACGGCGGCGCAAGCUCGCAACUUUGUCGAGAGCGUGGCCAAAAGCGAGACCAUCAUGAAGUCGCGCCAAGACGACAAGACGGCCAAGCGGAUCCCGUGGUACCUCAUCAACCCCAGCGGCCGCUUUCGAAUUCAAUGGGACGUGCUCAGCGUCGUGCUCAUUAUCUAUAACGGGUUUUACAUUCCGCUCUCGCUUGCGUUUGGGCGAGACAGCGCCUACCCGAUCAUCACGCAGCUCGACCAGGCGCAAUGGGCCUUUAGCCUCCUCUACUUGGCCGACGUCAUUGUCAACUUUUUCUCAGCCUACGAAACGCGCGGCAAGAUUGAGAUGCGCUGGCCCGUGAUCAUUUUCAACUAUUUAAGAACCUGGUUCCUCGUCGAUAGUCUCGCGGCGUUCCCGUUCGACAUUGUGUUGUCCCCGUCCGAGGCCUCGACAGGGAUGUUUCAAAUUCUUCGGCUCCUCAAGCUCUUUCGCAUGUUGAGCUUCAUGCGCAUUCUGCACCGACUCGAGUAUGUGCUUUUGAUCCGCUCCAACGUGAGCAGCCUCUUGAAGUUUUGCCUCCUCGUCUUCUUGACGUCCCACUGGUUCAGCUGCUUCUUCUACUACAUCUCGUACGACAACCCCACGGGCUGGGUCAGCAAUCAAAAGCUCCAAAACGACACGCUCUAUGCGAAAUACGUCAAUGCCUUCUACUGGUCCAUCAUGACCAUGACCACAGUUGGCUACGGCGACGUGUGCGCCGGCAACACGCAAGAGCGGGCGUUUGCUAUCUUUGCCAUGGUCAUUGGCGCGUGGAUUUUUGCCUACGGCAUCACCAACGUGGUCGCCACGGUGGCCAAUUUGAACCCAAGCGACACGUGUUUCCAGCGCAAGAUGGACGUUGUGAACGCGUACAUGGACCGCCGCGAUCUUCCCAUGAUGCUUCGCAGCGAAAUUCGCGAAUUUCUUCUCAACGCUCGCCUCUCAACCGAUAGCAAGCUCAAAAAUGAAAGCAAGAUCCUCGGCGAGCUCUCGGCACUGCUUCGCUCCAAGAUUGCGCUCGCUAUCAACGACAGCGUUCUCAACAAGAUGCCAUUCUUCGAAGGCGCCGACCACAAUUUUCUCAUGGAGCUCGCGCUCUCGAUGAAGAUGGUGUGCUUCCCGCCCCACGAAGACGUGAUCAUCGAAGGCGAGAUUGGCGAAGAGAUGUUUUUCAUCUUUCGCGGUGCCGUCGAAGUGCUUCAAAGUGCGCAACAAAUCUGCGUCCUUGGUGAACAACAGUACUUUGGCGAAAUGGCGAUUCUCAACGCCAACUGCCUUCGCACCGCGACCGUGCGAACACUGUGCUUUAGUGAGCUCCGGAUGCUGACGCGCCAAAAGUUUCUCUUGGCGCUCACGCACUUUCCGGCGAUGCGCCAGCGGAUCGCCCACAUUGUACACAGCCGCGAUCAGCAGUCGGCGCGCAAGUCCAUCUCGCGCGUCCGACCGUCCGUGGCGCCGGGCUCGGUCCUCGAGAAGAUGGCCGUGUCGAUUGCACGAGAAAGCGGCCUCUUUGAUCCGUCGGGCGACGGGAAGAUCGUCGGGUCGACGCUCCAGCGCAUUUCCCAAAUGGACAUCAAGACGCAGGAAGUCCAGGACGGCCAUUCAAAUCUCGAGGCCGUGAUCCAGCGCCUCGUCGAAACACAAGACAUGCUCGUCGUUGAGCUCGGCCGCCUUGAAGAAAAAAUGGAGCAGCGAAUAGCACGAUAGUGUACAGUUUGGAACACGACCAUAUUUAGCCGCUGC